AAUGAGGCGCCGGAUCCGAUCGCACCCCGCGAAAAGCGAAAAUUGUAAACCCAUCUUUCAGUUUGUUUGUUUCAUUCAAACCAAAUCAAGGAAGGCUAGGCUCAGCGGGUGGAUAUUUCUCCCAGAUAAAUACCAGGGAGUAGUACAAUACUACUCCCUGAUAAAUACUACAUGUAUCAAGAGUCCAUAAACACACUCUUGGUACUAGACAGUAAUUGGAUAAUACCAUGAAGUCGUCCAAACGGCCUUGGAACUCCAGAAAGUCACCUGGUGCCUCAUCACAUGGCGGAAAGACCACGACCAGCUCUUCAAAGCAGACCCCGGAGAAAGGCGGACAGCAACAGGCCACGCUAGCGCGCUCUCCAAAUUCUUCAACGUGAAGCCUCCGUCAACACCGGUGGCGACAACAGCAGCAGCAAAAACAUCAGCUGUUCAAGUAUAUGUAGUGUAUGAUGAUGGUGGUAGUCAUGACAACAGCAGCAAUGGCAGUCAUCCUGUUGCAGCAUCUGCAGAGCUUGCACCCGCCACGCUGACUCGCCUGCAGCGAUUCCAGCAGCGCAUGCCAUUGCAAAGCGGCGCAUCGUCCACCACCUCAGCAUCCUCCAGCUCCAGUUACAGCCGUGCUUGCCAGCAGGCCGCAUGUGCUAAAGGCUCCAGCCUACGGCUAUCUGGUUCGCUGGAGGCUGGCGUGAGUGACGGCAGAGCUGAUGAUGUAGUGGAGAGCCCUACCCGUGCUGCUGCUGCUGCUGCUGCUGCUACGACUCUUACCUGUACCUGUACUGGUGGUGAUGAUGAUGAAGACCUGGUGUUGAUGAGCUCGACCACGCAGCGAAGUCGACCGCAGCCAGUGGCUUCUCCUCCGGCCAAGCGUGUGCGACGGCCAGCUUCAUCUGCACCGUCGUCGUCGUCAACGUCGGAUAUCAAAGCUUCCAUUGCCGCAUUUUCGUCCCCCGCCAGUCACGUUUCCACGUCGGUGUCUUCAAGGACGCUAUUGUCUCUGUCCUCGGUAUCAUCACGGCUGACCUCUUCGCCAUCGUCCAGCAGCUGUGCUAAGGGUUCGCCGUACACACCGCUUGAGAAGCAGUACAUGGCGAUACGCGACGCAAACCCCGGCGUACUGCUCAUGGUCGAGUGCGGGUACAAGUUCCGCUUCUUUGGCGAGGAUGCCGAGGUUGCAGCUCGUGUUCUCAACAUCUUCUGCCACCCGAUGCACAACUUCAUGAACGCCAGCAUACCCAUGCAGCGACUGCUUGUUCACGUGCGUAGGCUGGUAAUGGCAGGUUACAAGGUGUGUGUAUGUGUGUUUGUAUGCCUGUCUUGUUCAGGCUGGUAAUGGCAGGUUACAAGGUGGGUGUAGUGCGGCAGGUGGAG